CUCCAUAAAACCAAUCACACAAGCCUACUUUACAUAUACAUAUAGAGAGAGAAAUCAACUCUCAUUUUUUCUAGAGAGAGUUAAAGGGGUGACCAUUCACAAGAACACCAUAAAUGGCUGCAAUGAAGUCGAGUACGACAAUGUUCAUGAUGAUGAUGCUCAUUGUUGCAUCCAUGCAGAUGCAUAGCUCCUUGGCUCAGACUAGACACGUCGUCGGCGGAGACGCCUUGGGAUGGAACAUUCCAUCCAAUGGUGCCGCCGCUUACACCACCUGGGCUUCCCAACAGACUUUUAACGUCGGCGACACUCUCUUUUUUAACUUCACCACCGGAUUCCAUAACGUGGCCGAAGUAUCACAAGCAGCAUACGGCCCAUGCACCACGGCCAACCCCAUCUCCACCAUCACCACCGGCCCUGCGACCGUCACAUUGACGGCCGCAGGCCCACAUUACUAUAUUUGCACCGUCGGAACUCAUUGCCAAAUUGGUCAAAAAUUAUCCAUCAACGUCUCCGCCGCCACCGCCACGCCCCCUACCACCCCACCACCAGCAUCACCACCCACCACCCCACCUACAACCACCCCAACACCACCUGCACCGACACCCGUUUCUCCACCAACCACCAACCCCUCACCCGCCCCCGCCCCUUCCACCACCACCCCACCACCUACCACCCCUAUGGCACCGUCACCCGUCGGAGCCACCCCACCGUCACCUACCACUUCCGGCCCAUCUCCAAACGGUGAAACCACCCCUCCUCCACCGUCACCUAGCACCGCCGCCCGGUCAUUCACCGCGGUGAUUCCGGCCACUUUCUUGGCCGUUGCUUUAGCUUUCUUUUACUAGAUAUUGAUAGUUAAAAGUUAAUAUUCUUUCUAUGGAGAGAUUACAAUUACACGAUGUGUGCAUGUGUGAUUAGUUUAUAUAUUUUUGUAAUGAUUUAUUAACAUUAUGUUCUUAUUCAUCAUUCGUAUCAAUAAAUUUCACUUUUUAUUGCCUUUUAA